UCGGCAAAGUGAACAGGUCGACGUGCGGUUAUGCGUCAGGGCAGCUAAAGAAAAUAAGAUGGAGAGAGAGUUUGAAAGUAGGUCUUAGCCGUUCAGUCAGUUGUCGACUACGUGUCCGGACGAUUGGUUAGCAUAAUGAUUGUGUUAUUGUGCAUGCUGAUCGUUUUUGGUUUAACUCAUGGUGAUGAUAUUCCAUCAAGGAUCGAAGUCGAGAAUUCGAUCAAUCGAACGAUUAACGAAGUCGAGAGAUUGAUUCGUCAGAACUCAUCUUUGCCGCAACUCACUAGGCGUGAAAUCGUUGACAUUCUUUUAAACAUUACAAAGUCCAAAAAUCUAGAUACAAUUACACACAAUAAAGAAGCAAUCGAGAAAGCGAGAAAGAUUUACGAAAGAGCGUUAAUGGUAGUGUUACCAUAUAAUGCACAAGAUGCGAAAGAAAAUAUAAAAGAUUUAUAUACCAAGCCACCGAUAGUUCAAAUAAUCGCAGACUCCUCUUCUAGUUCGAAAGACUUUAAUGUGUGGAAAAAUGAAAAAAUACAAUCCAGCACACCCACGCAGGAAAUGGAACACGAUAUAGAAUCUUUUGAAAAUUUAGUGACGCAUGCUUCGGAGAAAGAAAGUCCACCCGAGAAAACGCAAUAUAAAAAUCACAGAGAAACAUAUUCGGAGGCGCAUACAAAACUGCCGUUGACGGAAACUCUAAAAUUUGAAUCGGCACCAAUUAAAUUUAGUUUUAACUUAGAUAAUCUGCAAAAGCAAUCAGCGAUCACCGAAACACCUGACAUUAGACGACCAGUGUUUAAGGAAGAAUCUUCAUCAACCAAGAAUGAAGAAGUCUAUAUAGUAUAUAGUACAACUGCAACAACGAUGCGACCAGUGGAGACGAGUUCUAAGAAAGAGAAUAUUUUGACAACAUCUCGUCCUUUGAAGUAUAACGAAAAUGUUCUAUCUGUUGAUCAAUGGCGUUACAACGCACCAACAAGUACUAUGCAAAGUCUUACGACUUCAGCGAAAGCUUCGUCUUUUAAGAUAUCAUUGGAAGACGCAGCACCAACUGUAAUUAAUAAAAUCGAGAGCACUCCAGAGAUUUCGAAGACACCUUUCAAAAAAAUACAACUGGCCAAGCAGCCAACUUCUAUCUAUGUAACACCAACAUCCUCUUUUUCUACUUCUUUGGAAAAAUUAAAAUACAAUUCUACUUAUAAUUUAAAUUCUGGAGGAUUUCGUAAAAUUACAACAACUACGAUGCGGCCACAAGUCAUGGAAUUACUUGCCUCGAUUGGACUUCGACCGGAAAAUUCCACGAAUGUAGAGGAGGUGUUCAAAAAAAGUCAAGACAAUCUGAAAAACAAAUCUGAGAUUUUCAAUAGCAACGAUUUAGUUUAUAAAACAACUUUCGGUCUGACGGCCGUUGAACCCGAUUCACCUUCGAUAACCGCUCAAAACACUUUUGAAAAUCCUGUUCUAGAGAUUGGAAAAGGAAUGAAUAAUCUGACGCCAGAUGUACAGUUACUCUUUCAACGAUUUGGUCUGCAAACGUCCAAUCUAAUAACAACUACGUCUAUGCCCAGGCCAACCGUGAACACAAAUUCUUAUACCAACUUCAAACCUUUGCCGACGUCUAGGAUAAAAAACGAGGAUAUGAAAGAGUUUUUGGCAAAAUUCGGUCUUGGAAUCAACGAUAAUAGGCAGAAAAAAUCUAUGCUGGCAUCGACGGAACGGCCAUCGUUGAUUGAGGCUGUUCCAAGUAACAUGAGGCAAAUUUUGGAAAACAUAGGUCUCAUCUCUCGCAAGGUAAAAACAGCACCAAAAAUAGAAGAUAUAGAACCGAAAAACACAACCAAGGUCCACGUGUUUAAACCUCACGAGGUCCAAGUAAAGGAUGAGAAACAGAGAAUGAAAAUCAACGAGCUAUUGGACAUUGUCAAUAAAUUGGUUCAAGAGGGGAAGACAAGUGCGGAGGAUGUGAAAAAAGCAGCUGAUGAUCUACUCGUAAACACGAAAACUUUAAGAGAAGGUCCAGAUCCGUUACAUAUAGAAGAGAUUAUUAAAAUUUAUAAUGAAGACUUAAAGAAUGAAGUGAAAAGACAAAACUCGGAAGAAACUGUUGAGACAACCACUAUUGGCGAUGAAGAUUUCGCGAAGACCACGACAACAACUACCGAAUCUAUAGAUGUUUCCUCGACGACGAUGACCACGUCGAUAGCUCCAGAUUCCGCGAAGAAUGGAUCAGCUUUUCUGGAUACAUUGAUAUCACCCGUUCCAAUGUCAUCGACAUCUACAAAUGCAAAUCUUCUGGCAUUAGAGGAAUCCUUUGGUGGUACCACUCGUGCACCAGAUCCCGUUUUACCAACUAAGCGAAGAAGCGGUUUAUAUUUUCUCGUAGAUUGGAAUACCUUUCUCGAAGUCGGUGAUGACGACAGCGAAAAAGUGAAUCUAAGAUUCCAACCGAAAGUUGGCGAUAGGACAAGAUUUUUACCAGUCAAAAUACCGUAAUUUCUAAAGAACAAUUUUAUUAUAAACAUUAUAUUGAUGUAAAUGUUAAUCUAAUCCAUCAGAUUCUGAUAUUUGUACUCAUAUUUUUGAGGCUUAAAAAAUUUAAUAUAUGUAUAUACGUAUUCUCUUAUUUUCGUUGUUAUAUAAUAUUUGAUACUUAAUAUAAUUCAGCAAUACUUUUCAAUAUUUAAUAUAUUUUGUGUAUUGUUAAAAAAGUUAAACCUAUAUUUUUUUAUAUUGUCCCAUUUAAUGUUUCUUUUAAUUUAUGCUUUCUUUUUUAUUAAAAUUAUUAUAAUUUAAAAAUUGUAUACUUUGCUGACAAUUUUUCAAAUCUUAUUUUAUAAUGAUUUUUAUUUGUGUCUCUGUUUGAUUUGUGUCUGAUUUAAAUCAGCUGAAAUAUCAUAUGACAAUAUACGAUACCCAGAAGACAGGAGAAUUUAGAAAAAUCAUUUAUAAUGUCUACACAAGUAUGUCUAUUUUAUUUAAACUCUUUGUAUAUACAACAUACAUAAGACUGUAGAAAAAAAUAAUAAAUUAUAAAUAAAUUUACUUUAAUUGUUAAA